GCGCCGCAGGGAAGGUCACAGCCGGAGCCGCUGGGGCGCGAUCGUUCUAAGCAGCCGGGCGGAGAGAGGUGUCCCGGGCUGCGGGGCAGGGGCGAGAGGCCAUAAAGUGCCGCGGACGCACCGGCCCCUGAGUGUGGGGCGAGGGUCGGGCCAGCUCCCGAACCCAGGCACCUUCACGCCGUUUGUUGUGUUUGGGGGUUGGGGGUGUAGAAAUGGGGAAAUCGUGUCGCCAAUAUGCACCUGUGCCCAGGGGGAUUCAGGCAUCACCCCUGCUGUCUGUACAGCGAGCCCCUGUUUGACUCCGUCCCCGGCCGGUUCCCAUUGCUUACCCCGAGGGACCCUCUCACGGGAGCGCAUCAUGGGAUCCAGAAAUGGAGCGCCCACGGAGCUGAGGUGGAGCCCUUGGGCGGCACCAGGUUUCCCGGCUAUAGGUUUCUGCAGUAAGGUGUAGAAAAACAAACUUGAAAAUGCUGUCUAGACUCUUUCGAAUGCAUGGCCUUUUUGUAGCCUCUCAUCCAUGGGAAGUCAUUGUGGGGACUGUGACUCUCACCAUCUGUAUGAUGUCCAUGAAGAUGUUCACUGGCAAUGAUAAGAUCUGUGGCUGGAAUUAUGAAUGCCCAAAACUUGAAGAAGACGUUCUGAGCAGCGACAUCAUAAUCCUGACAAUCACGCGCUGUAUAGCAAUCCUUUAUAUAUACUUCCAGUUUCAGAAUCUAAGGCAGCUUGGAUCAAAAUAUAUUUUGGGUAUUGCUGGCCUCUUCACAAUCUUCUCAAGUUUUGUUUUCAGUACAGUGGUGAUUCACUUCCUAGAUAAAGAAUUGACAGGCUUGAAUGAAGCUUUACCAUUUUUCCUGCUUUUGAUUGAUCUUUCCAGAGCCAGUGCAUUAGCCAAAUUUGCACUCAGUUCCAACUCACAGGAUGAAGUAAGAGAAAAUAUUUCAUGGGGAAUGGCAAUUCUAGGUCCUACAUUUACGCUUGAUGCCCUUGUUGAGUGUCUUGUGAUUGGUGUUGGUACUAUGUCAGGAGUGCGACAGCUUGAAAUCAUGUGCUGCUUUGGCUGCAUGUCUGUUCUUGCCAACUACUUCGUCUUCAUGACUUUCUUUCCAGCAUGUGUGUCCUUGGUAUUAGAGCUUUCUCGUGAAAGUCGUGAGGGGCAUCCUAUAUGGCAACUUAGUCAUUUUGCCCGUGUUUUGGAAGAAGAAGAAAACAAACCAAACCCUGUAACUCAGAGGGUUAAAAUGAUUAUGUCUCUAGGUCUGGUUCUUGUUCAUGCUCACAGUCGCUGGAUAGCACAACCAUCUGCUCAAAACAGUACAGCAGAAAAUUCAGUAGGAAUGGAUGAAAAUGCACCAAAGAGAAUUGAACCUAAUGUUUCUCUAUGGCAAUUUUAUCUUUCUAGAAUGGCCAGUUUGGACAUUGAGCAAGUAAUCACUCUUGGUUUAGCUCUUCUUCUUGCUGUGAAAUACAUCUUCUUUGAACAGACAGAGACGGAGUCCACGCUCUCACUGAAGAACCCCAUAACCUCUCCCUCGAUAGUUCAGAAAAAGAUUCCUGAUAACUGCUGCAGAAAACAAUCUGUACUUGUAAAAAAUAAUCAGAAAUCCAGCACAGUAGAAGAGACUGUAAUUUCCAAAGAGAGAAAAGUUGAAGUAAUAAAACCUGCAUUAGCAGAGCCGUCAGCCAAGGCUACAUUUGUGGUUGGUAGUUGCAUCCCUAUGGAAACUUCUUCUCUCCUUAAUAGAAAGGAGCCUGAAAUUGAAUUGCCCAAAGAGCCACGCUCCACUGAAGAAUGUUUAUGUAUACUUAAAAAUGCAGAGAAAGGUGCAAAAUUUCUCACUGAUGAAGAAGUCAUCAACCUAGUCAAUGCUAAGCAUAUUCCUGCUUACAAAUUGGAAACUUUGAUGGAAACUCAGGAACGCGGUAUAUCUAUUCGCAGACAGAUGUUAUCUCAGAAUCUCCCUGAACCUUCAGCCCUACAAUAUCUUCCUUACAGGCAUUACAAUUACUCUUUGGUAAUGGGAGCUUGCUGUGAAAAUGUGAUUGGAUACAUGCCCAUCCCUGUAGGUGUAGCGGGGCCACUUUUCCUGGAUAGCAAAGAGUUUCAAGUUCCAAUGGCAACAACAGAAGGCUGUCUGGUAGCAAGCACAAACAGAGGGUGCAGAGCAAUAUGUCUUGGUGGAGGAGCAAAUAGCCGUAUUCUAGCAGAUGGGAUGACUCGAGGACCGGUUGUAAGAUUACCCUCUGCCUGCCAGUCUGCAGAAGUGAAGGCUUGGCUUGAAAACUCUGAAGGGUUUAAAAUAGUCAAAGAUGCAUUUGACAGCACAAGUAGGUUUGCUCGUCUGCAGAAGCUUCACAUCAGUCUGGCUGGUCGUAACCUCUAUAUCCGUUUUCAGUCUGAAACAGGGGAUGCAAUGGGAAUGAACAUGAUCUCAAAAGGUACUGAAAAGGCACUUGCGAGACUGCAAGAAGAGUUUCCUGAUCUCCAGGUUCUAGCUAUUAGUGGUAACUAUUGUACAGACAAAAAGCCUGCUGCCAUAAAUUGGAUAGAAGGCAGAGGGAAGUCUGUUGUCUGUGAAGCAGUCAUUCCAGCCAAGGUGGUCAGAGAAGUAUUGAAGACUACGACCGAAGCUAUGGUUGAGGUUAAUAUAAACAAAAAUUUGGUGGGCUCUGCAAUGGCUGGUAGCAUAGGUGGCUAUAACGCCCACGCAGCAAACAUUGUCACAGCUAUCUACAUUGCUUGUGGACAGGAUGCAGCACAGAAUGUGGGCAGCUCUAACUGCAUCACUCUGAUGGAGUCAACAGGUCCCACAAAUGAAGAUCUGUAUAUCAGCUGCACAAUGCCCUCUAUAGAAAUUGGAACAGUUGGUGGAGGGACCAACUUGCUACCACAGCAAGCCUGUUUGCAGAUGUUAGGAGUCCAGGGUGCAAGUCAAGAAAAUCCUGGUGAAAAUGCACGUCAGCUUGCUAAAAUUGUAUGUGCUACAGUAAUGGCAGGGGAAUUAUCAUUAAUGGCAGCACUGGCAGCUGGACAUCUAGUGAAAAGCCACAUGAUUCACAAUAGGUCAAAAAUAAAUCUACAAGAUCUUCAAGGAACCUGCACCAAGAAAGCAGCUUGAAUGUCAGAGGAACGUUGAAGUGAACCAUUGCCAUAGCAACUGACCAGGACUAAAGAAUAAUAUAUAUUUAUGAAUUUUAGAAGGCAGUCUUCAGUACAAGGAUUUUUGUGGAAGAUAAUUGAGAAGAUCAGCAGACUUGUGAUCAGUGAAACUCUUCCUUAUGACUUUGACUUUCUUCAGCAGCUAAAAAUUACUUUAUGGAGAUCCCAGAUGUCUUGAACAUGACUUUAGAGUUUUUGAUAUUUUUCUUACUCUGUGCAUGCUCUUCUGAAGGGUCAGCUUUAUGUCAUUAAGGAUUGAGGGUAUUUUGACUAGUGAACUCCCAGUUAUGACUGAGAUGGAAAACAAGUUCUGUAGUGUAAUUUGUUGUAUGUUUAAAAAAUGAUUUGGCUAAAAUUGGUUUGUAUGUAAUGUUCCUUGUGAUUUUUGUUUUCUGGUUAAAAAAGUAGGUUUUAAAUAUAAAGUGAUAGCAGCCUAAUUGCUUCCAUGAAUUCCUGAUUUUAAUUUUGUUUGUUCAAGUUUUAAGCUUAGGUCUUGGGUUAUGAGAUAAUUUUAUUGAGUCUCACAUUAAUCUGUAGAAACACUGAUCUAUUUAUAGUACUUCACCUGCUGCUGUUCCACUUAACUGUUAGCUCCCUGACUGAGUUGAAUCAUUUUUUCCUUUAAGGAAAAUCUGUUGCUACAAAGUGCAGAAAUGUUUGACAGUCUUUAAUAGGGGUAUGAAACCACUGCUUUCAGCUGUCUGGUCAUUUUGUUCAGAGAGAUGUACUGUAUCAUGACUUUCUAAAACUUUCAUGAUACAGAUAUAGAAACGGUUACACAUCGGGCCGGUUAGAGCUUUGAUAACAAUACAGUUUUUUACAUAACUUUUUCUGUAAGUAGCAAUGGAUUCAAGUGAAUGAAUCAAAAGCAGAUGUUUACACUUUUAAAAUCUCAUCUUUUUAAAAUACAGUGCGUUUGCACAUUAAUAAUUUUUGGUGUUCAACACUUCUUUCCCAGGGAUAGGUGUUUGAUCUCUGCUUAACUUGGAGAUGUAAUAAAGCCAGAAAAAUCACAUGUAUUUAAUGUUCCAGUUCGUUUUUAUGUUUGAUUCUUUUUAUAUGUUUUCUUUUGUGAAAAAACUUUGGAUUUUUCAGAAGAAAAAUUAUUUUAUCCAUCUUACGAAAACUUACAAGGAUCCAUUGAAAUGAUGGUACUAGAAAAAUUAACACAAGAAAUGUAACUGCCCAUUAAGAUACUGUAUUUGGACCAGUGAGAUAACGUAGGGUGUUUCUUAACAUUAUGCAGGAAAUAUUAGGUAGGUUUAUUUUGGUUUGAAUUACUAUUGAGAAAACGAGUAUCAGUUGAUAUGCUAAAUAGUUAUCCUGUCCAGUCACUGAAGGAAAACUAUAAAUGGAUUUGAACAUUCCUUCUUUCUGGAAGGUUGUUUGUCUUUUUCUGGGGAUACAGAGGCAUUUCGGGGAUGUGGAUGAAAGAGAGGGAAUGCUGUUCUCCUAAUGUGCAAGCUUGAUAUAACUUGUGAGGGACUGAUUUUGUAGAACAUCAACUCUAAUAUUAAUGUAUUGGUCUCAUAAAGCUAUCAUUCAAGCCAGAAGACAUACUACAUGCUAGGUAUGCUGUGGUAGCAUGUAAAUAUCAUGAAUGUUUAUCUUUCUGCAGUAUUGUUAUCAGUAGUUUUUCUUAUUUAUGCAGAGUUGAAACUGCUUUGUUUCUAUGUUCAACCAGUGAUUUAUUAUUUAAAGUAACACUGAGCUGGCAAUAAAUGGUGGUUCAGUGUUCAUUUUGGUGAAUGUAACUGACAUUCUGUCUUGCAGAAUUAACAUUUUGUAUUAUUACUAAAUUGUGUACAUUUUGGUACAGAAUACUUUUUCAGUUUCAGUAAAACAAUGGAAAAGCA